UGGUUCUCACAUCCUCCUGCCUUCUGUUUGAGAUAGGGUCUCUCAUUGGCAGGAACAUCACCACAGAAUUCAGGCCACAAAACAGGAAAGCAAGUAACUGAUGCAGAAACCUAGGGAGCCCUUGCUAGGGGUGAAGGGCUGUAUGGAGUCUCCUAAAUGGCCUGUAUCUCAGGCAGAUUCUGUCAUGGAAUUGUCGAAAAUGUCAGACAUGACGAAGCUCCAUCAGGCCGUGGCAGCAGGCGACUACAAUUCAGUGAAGAAGGUUUUGAAGAAAGGUCUCUGUGACCCAAACUACAAGGAUGUGGACUGGAACGACAGGACGCCGCUCCACUGGGCGGCAAUCAGAGGCCAAAUGGAGGUGCUACAUCUCCUGAUACAAUAUGGAGCCAGACCCUGCUUGGUCACUGACGUGGGCUGGACCGCAGCUCACUUUGCGGCUGAGUCCGGCCAUCUGAAUGUCCUCAAGACUCUCCAUGCACUGCCCGCUGCCAUUGAUGCUGCUGACUUCUUCGGAGACACACCCAAGAGGAUCGCACAGAUCUAUGGGCAGAAAGCCUGUGUGGACUUCCUGGAGAGGGCAGAACCAGAAUGCCGGGACUACCGCCAGAGAGGGCUGUUGCUUGAUGAACAGGACCCAGAUUGGGACCUCAAGAAAAGGGAGCUAGAGCUGUCUCUUCCUGCCCCGGAUCCAAACACCAACAAAAAGAAUAAGAGAAUCCGAGGCUCCACCAGGCUCAGCCAUUCCAAGGCCUGGAGGUUAUGAGAAGAGAAGCCUCAGGCAGACCUAGGACCCAGCACAGAGCUAGAGGGGUUGCUAGGCUUCUUCGGCUUCCUCGUCUACAUGGGAUUUGACUCAGUCACCCUUACCCAGGCUUCUACAGAACAUCACAGCAAACCAUUCAGUUGGAAAGUCUUUCUGCGGUGUUCUAUCAGAGCCAAUGUCUCUGUGCCAAAACCUGAAAGCAUGAAGCUAAACCCAGAAGUUUGACCCUGAGUGGACAGAGCAGCCUACAGCCAACAGCUGCUUGCAUUUUGUUUUUAGUGACUUGGAGUGUCAGCAUGCCCCGCCCCUCACCUACCAACACAUCCCACAUAGUUACAGAAUGUUCAAGAUCAAAGAAAGAGCUCUUCCAAUGGGAUUGAUUAGUCUGGGGCAGAAAAAAAAAGUGAAAUAAAAAGCAAAACAAAACUCUUAAAUGACGAUUCAAUCCAUGAAUAAUAAAAUUUGUUUUGGACACAAAGACUAAGCAAAAGCAAAUGCUGAAGCUUUUUUCUAUUUCUUUUUUGUGGGAGCCCACAGUCCCAGCAUUGACAAAUUUCCCUAUCAUCCGACCCACCUAGGAGCAAUGGUAUGUGCGAUGUACCCACUCAGUGUGAGACAACUGGAAAGCCUGGUAUGAAGGGACUCUGCCCCACCUAACCGAGCGUUGGCAGAAAAUGGCGAAACAUGGCUUUGUUGGUCUAGUUUUUCAGUUGUAGAUUUUACAAAAGUUAGACCAGAUAUUUCCAAGGAAAGUAUAGCAUCUAUCCAAGUUUUGAAGACAGUACAAGAAAAAGUUAAUUGCCUUGUUAUCAAUUUUUAAUAUUGAUUGCUGAAAUAUGUCGGAUGUUUUAAUGCUAAGUAAAGAUACUAUUAAAAUUAACUUUACUAUCUACUUUUUAUUUUUACCUGUUUUUAAGUAUGAGAUUAUAUGGUGUGUUGCUAGCUGUUGGGUUUCAGCUAAAGGAUCUUUGUGAGUAGUGCUAAGAGGACUCAGUGCCCUUCUCCCCAGAGAGCGAUGUGUUACCAGACCAAGCAAGAGAAUUGUCUUUAUAAUGAUUCUUUACUAACAACUUCAAUAUCCAGUGCAUCAAUGGGGUUUACAAUCUUAACACACAAGGGAGGACUGUGUUGGGCAAUACACAAACAAUUCAAUAUCACAAUUAUUAAUCUUACUAAUCCUAAUACAUAAAACCAAUUUCUAACUUCCAUUUGACUUAUCAGUUACCUAUUGAAGGACCCCUCGUUUUAACCACAGCUAUACCGUUUUGCAAAGGUUCACAGAUAACUAGCUCAGGACCUCCGGAAUGCUGAGCAAAUAACAGGCUUAAUUAAGGGCCUC